AUGUACUCUUUUGCUUCCAUUUCUUACUUUUCUUCUCUCCCUCCUUCUUCUCUUGCCAUCGGCCGCCAUGUCUUGCCAUAUCCGGUGGGGGAACACGGCAUUGCUCGCUAUACCAUGUUACAUGGGCCAAGACAAUCGAGAUCGCGCCACCCACAUCAUGUGAUUAGUGUACAGUGGCGUGAUCUUCUAUCUCCACACGCCAAUACAUCACUAGGACGACCCAUUCGUGUCAAUAUCAAUAUCGAUCAAGACCUUAAACCAUGCGUGGAAGAUGAAAGAACAAUCAAAUUGCCUAAAUCGUAUGCCAUGAAUGGAGGAGAUGGAAAUUAUAGUUAUGCUCAAAACUCAUCUUACCAGAGGGGAGCCGUGGAUGCUGCAAAGGAACUCAUCAAGGAAGGAGUUGCAUCCAAACUUGACCUGAAACUACUUUCUUCAUCUUCCACCAUAAACCCAUUUCGCAUAGCAGAUUUUGGUUGUUCCACAGGACCCAAUACGCUUCUAGCAAUGCAGAUCAUACUUGAAGUAGUGGAGCAAAAAUUCAAAUCAGAAAAACCAACAACCCAACUCAUCCCAGAAUUUCAGGUGUUCUUCAGUGACCAGGUUUUGAAUGAUUUCAACACCCUUUUUCAAUCUCUCCCACCGAAAAGACGAUACCAUGCUGCCGGAGUAGCCGGCUCUUUCUACGACCGGUUAUUCCCAACGGCCUCCCUUCACUUUGCUUUCUCAUCUUCUUCACUGUCUUGGAUCUCUGAUUUGCCGGAGGAGAUUCUGGACAGUAAGUCUCCGGCAUGGAAUAAGGGAAGGAUUCACUAUACAGGGGGUAGAAAAGAAGUUUAUGAGGCUUAUACAGCUCAAUUUGCCAAAGAUUUGGAGACAUUCUUGAAUGCAAGGGCAGAAGAACUUGUGGUCGGAGGGCUGAUGGCUCUUCUGAUUCCUACUGUCCCUAAUGUUAUGAACUCUUCUGAAACUACAACCGAGUCAGAGAUUGAUCUUCUUGGAUCUUGCCUCAUGGACAUGGCCAAAAUGGUAAGAAAUGUUGAGAAAUUAUAA